AUGGAUGAGGACGCCAAGACGAUGAGGUGGUGUCCUGUCAUGCUCGUUGCUGCUGGGCCCGAGGCCCCGGGGUCCAGCCUUUCCGCUCUGGGCGGCGCGUCGUCAGAAGGUGAUGGCGAGGCUGGAUCGAGUUUCACGGAGGACGGCCGCUUGCAUGUAGCGACGUCCGGUCUCUGCUUUUGGGACAGCGAGUCCCCAACGGUAGCAGUGACGUCCGUGGCGCUGGUGGCACCGUUCCUGCGACGGUCCGCGUUGCCAGGGGAUCAACUCUGCCCGGUCAUGGACCCAGAGCUGGUUGCCACGACAGAGUUCUUUGCCGUCUUCCCCCCGGCCCAUGAGCCUACCAAUGUGGAGGCGACGCUUCUGGCCGCGGUGCCGCUGCCUGAAGCGGAGCGAGUGGCAGCAGCCAUGCAGGCCUCCCUGAACUUCCCGGCCACGCCUUCUACAAGUUCUGCAUCCACGCCCUGGAAGCCUCCGAUGCUAGGAAGCCUCGGCAUGGUUCUACUGCGUCUCGGAGCUCGGGUCCCAGGCCGGCUGCUACGACCGCUGGAGGAGGCCCGACUAUGUGCAGGCGACGCCGUGAGGCUGCUCUCAUCGCCCUUUGCCUUGCUGAAGGCAUCCCUCUUCCUGGGCAUGGAGACGAAAGGCUUCAUUGCCGCAGCUGAGGCCGGCGUUUUUGCUUUGCUGGAUGCCCGGCAGCUCCCGGGCGCCUGCGGCGGUGUUCUGGUCCGGGAGGCAGAUUCGGAACAGCCAGUGGCACUCAUGGCACCUCCCUUCGGUGUCAAAGGGCAGCGGUGGCCGCUCAACCCUGUGAUCCCUUUGAGCAGUAUCAUCUCUGCCUUUCUGGGCACGCUGAGUGCAAGGUUCCUGCCACGGGAUAUGCAGAGCAUCAGCAAGGCAGCGAGUGAGACAUCGGAUCUGCUUGGCCUCGCGCAAAAUGUCCUGUGCACGCUGACGAUCGUCCUCAACAGUCGAGAGGUGGCAGCGCCCGUGCUGCUCCUCUCGCCCUUCAGCCUUCUGGCGGGCCCCAAGCUCGCGAAGGCUCUGCAAGAGUCGGCGUCACCAGGGACGUCCCUGUCAGGCCGCCUCCUGUCGACGAGCUGUCACUUGGUACCGUGCGAGGUUCUUCGCUGCGUGGGCUCAGCGAUGCUGCUCCGCGUCGAGGGGCAUGCUGCCAAUCAGGCCAUCUCAUUUCGGAUGCGAGAUGCAGGCCAUGUUGAUGUCCAAGAGGGCUCGGAAGUCCUGGCUGUCGACUUGGAUGCAGCGGAAGGGCCGCAGCUGGCGCGUGGUUGCCUUCAGCGCUGGUUGGGCGCCCGGCACCGCGUGGCCCCAGCCGCGCUGCGGUUUGGCCUCCCAAAGUCUGGAGGACUGACCAGCGCCAAUGUGCUUCUGUCAAUUACAAGGCCUGGGCCUUGUCGCCCGCUGGGUUUGGUCCUGCGCGGCGUUGAGGAGGAGCUCGCAGACGUUCGGGUCCUGCCGCUGCAGUUCCGGGCCCUGUCCAUUCUUCAAUUUCAGGAGUUGCAGCUGCAGCUGCGCAGUGGCGCGCCGCAGGCAUCAAUUGAUUCUUGGCUCCACCGCUUCGACCUUUCCUGGUGCGAGCUGUGUCAGGCGGGUCCUGGCGUUUUCGAUUGGCAAGUGGAGGCACGCCCACGGCCCGUUCUGCGGCCAGCCUUAAGUGCAUCUCUUUGA